AUGCUGCUACAGGGCUUGGAGUGGAUCGAGCUUUGCUGCCACUCUUGUCCCCAAAGUGUGCUGAAUGGCGACAAGGAUCGGGUGCCAGCAGGUUGCAGCUGCCGUGAGAUCGCCCAGGGUUUCCCAGUUGCCACUGUGAUCGACUUGGUGGCAAAGGGUGACCUGUGUCUGGGUCGACUGGAACUACUGAACAUUGCUUUGUCUCGCGGAGUCGAUUUAAACAGGCCUUUCCCAGGCAAUCCAGACAUCACCUUGUUCCACCAUGUCCUCACGGAAAUGACUCCCCAUGAUGGCUAUCCAGACAAAGAGUUCGGCCGGGAUGCUGACAGGAUGUGCUGUGCUGUCAUCGAGCGAAUGGUGCGGGCUGGGCAUGCGCGUGCGGACGGGAAGUUGCUGGCAGACAUAGCAUCCGGAAAGUUUCUGGAGGACCUCUUGGAUCCGUGGACGGAGGACUGGUUGCCUGAGGGGUUAAACUACUUUCAUGGCUAUGCGGCAAGCCUGCGUGCAUGGCUCACUUCAGAUCAGCAGCAGCCCUUCAGGUGGACAUACCCGAGACAAGGGUAA